AUGGCUGAUCGAUUGACACAAUUACAAGAUGCUGUCGACCAGCUGGCACAUCAAUUUGUUGCCUCUAUAUAUUACGUUCACAGGCACCACGAACUCACGCCUGUCAACCCCACAGACAUGCCAAGGGAGGGACCUAUGGAUUCUGAUGGAAUUGAACCAUAUCCGACAGGGCAGUUCCUUGACGGCCAGCGCGAGCUCGCAAAGGACCUCAUUGUCAGAGAGCAGCAAAUCGAGCUCUUGAUAUCGGCGCUACCGGGGCUGGAGCAUAGUGAGCAGAAUCAACAGGAACGCAUAAAGGCCUUGGAAGAGGAACUGGAGAAGGAGGAGCAGAAGAGGCACGCUGCUGUGAAAGAGAAGGAUGUCCUACUGGCAAAGCUGGACGAGGUGAUACGCAGCGUGAGACGACCCUAA